GCCCGCUGUGGCGGCGGCAACAUGGCGGACGUGUUAAGUGUCGGCGUGAACCUGGAAGCCUUUGCCCAGGCCAUCAGUGCCAUCCAGGCGCUGCGCUCCAGCGUGAGCAGGGUGUUCGACUGCCUGAAGGAUGGCAUGCGGAACAAGGAGACGCUGGAGGGCCGGGAGAAGGCGUUCAUUGCGCACUUCCAGGACAACUUGCAUUCGGUCAACCGGGACCUCAAUGAGCUGGAACGUCUGAGCAACUUGGUCGGCAAGCCUUCUGAGAACCAUCCUCUCCAUAACAGCGGGCUGUUGAGUCUGGAUCCCGUGCAGGACAAAACCCCUCUCUACAGUCAGCUCCUUCAGGCAUAUAAGUGGUCAAACAAGAGCUUAGUGUCCACGCAAUCGCUCCUCGCCUUUGAAUCACCAGGCUGAUGGUGAAAGACAGAGGAUGUGAGAACAGGGAG